AUGUCCCUCAAAGCCAGUAUCGAAAUCGCCGCGCCUCCAUCUGCGGUCCGCGCAAAAUUCCUAGACUUCACCAGUCUACCCUCCUACACACGCGCUUUCGAAUCCAUAACCUCCCCCAAACCCGGCACAGAGCUGGUGAAGGGCGAUAAAGUCAGCGUGAAACUCGCGAAUUCUCCCGCGUUUUCGGGAGUUAUCGAGACAAAUACACCCACCCACUUCUCAUGGACGGGGUCUCUCCCCUUCAUCUUCACCGGCACACACUCUUUCUACUUCUCCCCCUCUGAUACGACUCCAAACGGGACGACGUUUACCCAGGAAGAGUUCUUCUCGGGUGUGUUGGGGUACGCACUGAUGGGGGAUAAUGUCGUAGGGAGGGCGGUGGGGAUGAAGGAGAAGACACAGAAGGGGUGGAUAAGGUUUAACGAGGAUUUGAAGAGGGUGCUUGAGGGGGAGGUUGGUGGGAAGCAGUAAGAAGCUGGCGGCAAGGAACAGGGCGUAGAGCUGUCAAGAUCGGAGGCUUUAUGCCGUUUCUUGGUGUUUUCUCUUGUUCGUCGGGUUAGAGUGAUCCCACCGCAUAGGCUGGAUGAUAGUAACGACCGACAACGUCAGUCCAAGCUUUACCGGUUAUGGAUAGCAGAUAUGCAGCUACUUCGUAUGACAGUGAAUUGAAUAUGUCCCCACCCGAUGGGUAGAUUGGUGCUAUUGGGGAUAUGAAGAGGGUGGAGGGGAGAAAGGCUACUGUUAAGGGCGCGCAGUAUAGCUUGAAGAGAUGUUCGACACGGCGGGAUGGCGUGGAAGUGGGUCCAGUUGAAAGGUGGGCGAGUUGAUGUGUAUCUAUUUCAGUGGAAUAGGCAAUGUGAACCAUCAUGCUG